UUUUCCAUUACAUAAUUUGUUCCUCGCUAAUGUGAGUGUAGAGUGACCGUGCAGCAACUGUGGUCAACUCUUUGCUGAUGUUUGCAGUGACACAAAGGAGAACUUUGAGGUUCUGCUUCAGACGAACUCAGAUAAACCCAGAUAUUUUAUUUUGUUUGCAUUGCUGGCCCAAACAUAAGCCGCAAAACAGGCCCUGUUCAAAAAUUACCUUCCUGUUCCAUGAUGAUGGUCUGACUGGUUAACUGUUAAGUCAGGAUGUCAUACAGCUGUCAUAACAAAGUGUAUGAUGAUCUAACUCCUACGUCUGACACGGGUCAGGCAUUGAUGGACGCAGGGACUGAGCAGUGAGUUCAGAACUGGUGUUUAUUGAGGGAUCGGCUUUUCACAGUCAGACAGGCCAGGGUCAGUCAACGAAUCCAAAUCCAGAUCAGGCAGUUCCUGGCCUUUCUGUCUGGCCCUGUCAGAUUUCAGGGUCAGAUGGAGGGCCAUAAAGACUUCUGCAUAUUUUUGGCAGACUGCAUGCAAGUUGGUGCACUGCUGCCUCUGUCUGGUGGAGAUGGCGAGACAGCCUUAAAUAAUGUCAUGUUUCAAAUGCAAAGUUCAUAAGCACUUUGUAGACAUUGAUGGAAUACUGUAGGAUUAAUUAGCUGAAGAAAGUCAAGACUGACAACAAAUGACACAGUAAUUUAACAUUAACACAUAAAGCUACUAACUUUUUAAAGUUUGAUAAUUACAUGUCAUAAUAUAUAUAGGUCGUAUGAUUUCUUGGUUAGUGUCAAAGACAUUUUAAACAAUUUCAACUUUGCAUUAAAGUGUCAUUAUUUACUGAAUGACAGUUAAUGACAACAGUCAUAAACAUUUAUGAAGACUCCUUCAUGUCCAUGGCAGGUGUUGUGUCACCUUUGUUGCCACCCCUUCAAAUAAAGUGUUACCCAAUUUGAUUGAAUGAUGUGCUCAGUGUUUGCUUCUGUCUCCCUGACCUCUUCUCCUAUGUCCCAGGAAAGGAGAAGAGAUUUAUCACCAGCUGAGGAGACGUGGUGCUUCUCUGGACUGGAGCAGAGCCUGUUUCACUAUGGAUCCAGAUGAUGGGGAGCAGAUAACCUCUACUUUUUGACAUUUCUUCAACCUAAGUCAGCCCACCUUCCCUUUUUCUGAAAGCCGAGUCAUUUUACCUCUCAUUCAUUGAGCUCUUCAGGAUUUCAUGGAUUGCAGGAACUCCAGAGAAACAUCAUGCAAGUUUGUUUUAACUUGGCCUUCUGUCCUCCUGAUACACUCCUGACAAAUAAUAAAAAAGAAUGAAAUGAAAACCAUGUGAGCAGAAAUAUUAUCCCUGUUUGUGUAGUAUUGUAACCUUGGGUUGUUGAACUCCCAUCCUGUUAUCAAGAGAUUCCCUACCAACAUCAUCCAUUUUGUCUGGUUUGUAGGCCAUGGUUCGCAAAAAAAGUUCUUUCAUAUUAUGUGGUGCUUUCCUGUUUGUUGCCUGGAAUGCGUUGCUUCUGCUUUAUCUUUGGGGUCGACCUCCCAUUGGCCGCCUUGGAGAUGGUGGAGGAGUCGAACCAGGGGGAAAGGAGGAGUGGGGUGCUGGAAGGGGUAAAAUGGGCCAAGUCAACCUUGCAGAAGAGAUGAUUCGGCUGGCAGAAGAAGUUGAAGUUCAUCUUGAUACCCAGAAAAAGCUACUGAAACAGAUUGAAAUUCACAGAGAAGUGUGGGCUCGGGAGAAGGAUCUUGGGAAAAGGGAAACUGGUUCUAAUAUCAAAGAAGCAGGAGACCAACAGCAGCCUCAGAAAACUCUAAGACCUCUCAGAAACAGUGUGGAUGCUGGGGACCAAACAAAUACACAGAGGCCGGUUCAUAAGGUAGCACCAAGCUUACCUUUAGAAGAGCCUAGUGAGAAAAUCAGAAACAUUGAAGUGACAACUCCCAAUCCCAGCCCAGAAUUCAUUAUUCCCAUUCUGGUUAUUGCUUGUGACAGAGUCACAGUGAAGCGGAGCCUUGACCGACUCAUAUCGUACCGUCCCUCUGCAGAACUAUAUCCAAUCAUUGUUAGUCAAGACUGCGGCCAUGCAGACACAGCUCGUGUGAUUGGUUCAUAUGGAGAGCAAGUGACGCAUAUAAAACAGCCAGACCUUGCUGACAUCAAGGUCAGGCCAGAGCACAGGAAGUUCCAGGGCUACUACAAAAUUGCCAGACAUUAUCGAUGGGCACUCAACCAAGUUUUCAACACCUUUUCCCAGUCUACAGUGGUCAUAGUCGAGGAUGACUUAGAGGUGGCACCAGACUUUUUUGAGUAUUUCCAGGCCCUGUAUCCCAUUUUACGCUCUGACCCCACCCUAUGGUGUGUUUCUGCUUGGAAUGAUAAUGGCAGAGACGCUUUGGUUGAUCCUUCCAAAGCUGAGCUCCUUUACAGAACAGACUUCUUUCCUGGUCUGGGCUGGAUGUUGCUGAAGGAGUUAUGGAAUGAACUAGAACCAAAAUGGCCUUCAGCCUUCUGGGAUGACUGGAUGCGUCAACCUGAACAGCGCAAAAACCGCUCCUGCAUAAGACCGGAAAUCUCCCGGACUAUUACCUUUGGCAGGAAAGGUGUCAGUUUAGGUCAAUUCUUUGACCAAUACCUGCGCUAUAUUAGGCUAAACACUGAGUUUGUGCCUUUCACCAAACAGGAUUUGUCUUUUUUGCUAAAGGAGAAGUAUGAUGUAAUCUUUGUUCAAGAGGUUUAUAGCGCCACAUUGGUGAAGAUUGAAGAUCUUCAGCAUGGGGGUAAUUUAAAAGGACCUGGGCCGUACAGGGUGCAGUACUCCAGCAGAGAUAGUUUUAAAGUCUUUGCUAGAAAUUUGGGGGUGAUGGAUGACUUAAAAUCUGGAGUUCCUCGCACAGGUUACAGAGGCGUGGUCAGCUUCUUACAUCGUGGCCGAAGGGUCUUCUUAGCCCCACCAGAGGGCUGGACGCAGUAUGACAUCAGCUGGAGCUGAGAGCCACCCAAAGUGUACAAUAAAUUUUGUUAAAGACUAAUGCUCUCUGAGACCAAAGAAUAUUUGACACAUUGAAGGCAACGCAACACAAAUGGGACUGCUCAUCAAUGGAAUAAGGUAGUGGUGAUCCUUUUCAAUAAGGGAAAACCUUUAGGGGGAAAAAAACUAAAACGGUUUAAAAACACUUACUGGCAAUGUGCCUUGCUUUUUGGACCCUCGUCUUGUGUUCAGUUCUAAAUGAGAACAUCAGCAGGACUUCCCAAUAUUAUUUGCAGUAGUUGCAGGUAGAAGGUAGAAGUCCGCACAUCAAUCCCUGGAUGUGGAAAGAGACACGAGAAGUAAACUCAAAGGUCAGCAUUUGAUAAAGAAUAUCUGAAAUAACUUCUAUUUUCUUUAUUUUUUCUUUUGACAAAAUUAUCCAAUUCAGACUCGGUGACUUUGGGAGUCCUUGACACUAACUAUAAUUGUAAAAAAAAGUUUUAUCUAAAAUCAAAUGGAAUAAGUCAGCAAGGUUUUAGAUUAUUAAAAAAAAUCAAUGUUGAGCAAAGCUAUUUUUCCUUUUGAAGUCCACUAGUUUACACAACUUAUACCCAGAUAUAAAAUAAUGUGCUAAAGAAGCAGUAACACUAAUCAUAUCUAGCAGCAGUAAAUUGGGACUAAAAAUACUCAACAGGUCUACAUUGCACUCUUCUGGAAUUCUGCACAGGAGGCAAGCAGUAUUUUAAAAUGUGACUGUUGAAAACACAAAGGCAUAGUCUUUGAUUAACAUGUCUGACCAAAAUUGUGUUAAUUUGCUCAGAUUCCAAUAUGAAAACAACACUGUAAUAUAAAGUAUCUGAUCCUAUUUUAGGCCUACACAUUCACUUAUUGAGCUAGUGAGUAGUUCCAAAUCUGCAGACCUAUUUUUCAAAUGGAGAUUGUCUCAGCCUGUUACCAGUUUCUACAGGAGACUGCUAAUAACCCCUUCAAUCAGAUCAGGUAUGUCGAAGAAGGAACAGAUCUGGAAGAUCAAGGACCAGGGGCCUUGUCAGCCCCUGAGAAUCAGCCCUGAUUCUUAGCACAAACUCCCAAACAUUUAUCAAAUGUUUUCCUGCUUCAACAUGCAUGAUUUUAAUUGGUGAUGGAUUAGGAGACUUUAAGAUCUGAUGACAAGCGUCUUUUGUGUUGGAGCUGGGAAACUUAAAAAACAUGAAGGACACUAAUGCAGUAACCUAAGCAGUAGUUUUGAGAACUACUGGAAUGGAUACUUAUGCCAUAAAAAUGACCAGGAUUGUUUUUGUCAGGUUUGUUUAUGUAUUUUACUUGACCAGCAGCAAAUCAAAGGAUGUUCUUGGUAUUUCAGACCAUUGAGAUGGAUAAUUAGGAAUUAUUUGUUGAAAUUAAAUGCCAUAUUACAUCAGGAGUGUGUCACUGGAUGAAUAAAUGAAAUGAGGUGCUGGAAAUAAGUUUUUUAGUGGAUGUCCUGAAUUAAGUUUUUAAAACUGCAAAUGAGACUGAACCGAGUUGGAUCAGAUCAUCCUGAUGAUGUACAUCCUGAGGCCCUGGAAUGGGAUGAAUUUUAACAAUGACAUCUAAACUCAUUUUUGUUGUUUUAGGUUCCAUGUAAAUCCAACAAAUGUUAUGUUUGUCCUGCAGCAAACGGGAGAUUAUCACUGUACUGUAAUUAACUUUGUGUUAUUAGAAUACCAUUUCUGUACGGUGAUGUGAAAAACCACUGCCGGAACUGUUUAUAACUUUAUUACAGAAUAAAUUAAAUCAAAUAUUUUGA